UUGAAAUGGGAACGUAGUGUUCCAGUGCUAUGAGUCGGAGGACCACAUUGAGUGACGCACUCUAGAACGCCUUUUCACGUGUUGAGGAAAACUGAGAGAAUGAAAAUGAAGAAAAAUAAAACAAAGGGGAUGAGCACAGGGUUUAAAGCCAAACCUGGAGCCAAAAGGAGAGAAAAUAAACGCGUUGUCGUGUUCGACGACAAGGAGCGCCAAGAUUUUCUCACCGGAUUCCACAAAAGGAAGAUGGAAAGGAGGAAGACGGCGAUAGAGGAGAUGAAGAACAAACUGAAGGAGGAGCAGAAGAGAGUCCGAGAGGAGAGACACAAAGAAUAUCUGAAGAUGCUGAAGGAGAGAAGAGAGGCUUUAGAGGAGGCUGAUGAACUAGAGAACUCCAUCACAGCUACCACAGAGAGUGUGCAGUAUGAUCACCCUAAUCAUACGGUUACCGUGACGACCAUCAGUGACCUCGACCUGACCAGCGCUCGGCUGUUGGAGCCUUUGACCUCUCAGGAAGAGGAAGAGAGUGAUGAUGAAAAAAAAUGUGAUGAAGAGGAGAAAGUAGCAGCAUUACCGAAAAAAGCUGGAAAUCCCCUGCUUUCUAAAAAAAUUAAGUCCCUUUCAUCCUCGCUCCAAGCUUUCACUAAACAGAAGAAGAGGAGAAAAGGUAAGCAGGAUGUCAGGGGGCUGAGACAUCAGGUUGAGAGAAAUUCAUUGAAUGGUGUGGGCAACAAGCGUCGACUGGGACGAUCCACAAAGAAGCAGCGGCGCAGACGUACAGGCAGGAAGGGGCAAAGUCAGGACUGAAGGGUUAAAGUUGUAUGAGAGGAUGAACAACUACAGAUGGAUGUGUUCGAGACCAUGGCAGUUUAAAGACAUUUGAGGUGGAAUUUGUUGUGGUGAACAGCAGGGGGUACUGUUUUAUUAUUGAUUGUUCAACUUCAGUGAGUAAAACUGCAGAUUGUAAUGGCAAAAUGAAGAAGCCCGCCCACUCCUGUUGUGUUUCAGUGUUUACGAAGAAGCUGCUUGUGUUCUCAGAAAAAUGGACCAACCACCAGACCAGUCCAGACCUCAAAAUUUGUUGAAUGCAUUUGGGAUUAAUAGCAGAAAAUAAAAUUUACUUCUGUAACUUUGGAGAUGUGGCAAAAUAUCCCUGCAGAUUUGUUGAAAAACCGAAAGUAAGUCUUCUGAAUGGACAGAAUGGAAGCUGUAAUAAAGGCAAAGGUUAGACACACUGAACAUUGAAAUUUUGCUAUUUAAUUCACUUGUUGGGGCUUCUGUGUCUGUGUCUUUUAAAUGUUUUGCUUUUUCUUGAUGUUGAAAAAUGUAUAAAUUGUACUUAAUGGCUGGAACUGAUUGGAAAUUAAAUAAAGGUGUUAACCACAAGGUGCAAUGGAAAGGAUCUGUAGGAAUGCCAUUAAUUUCUCCCCAUCGAAGAAAAAAGGGCAAAACUACAAAAGUGUAUGAACAAGCAGCUUCUUAUUUCACUUGUUUGAAUUUUUUUUUUUUAAACUAGACAGUUACACGUCUUUUUAGAUUCAGUGUGCCGAGAUGAGAACGGACGGUGUAGGAAUGCACAGCGUUAUCUGGAUGUUUUAGCAAAAUUGGAGUUUGGUUUUCUCCACUGCUUUGACAGUAGUAACCUACAGUUUGAGAAGCUGAUGUGUAACAGCAGUAUACUUUUCAUGUUACACUGUUUCAGUGCGCAGGAAUGUUGGUUUGCUUAUGGCAUGAUUGUAGCAGUAAUUAUACUUUGACUACAUGGAGAAAUAAAAUGACAUUGGACAUAA